CCGCGCCCGAGGCUCUGAGCGCCGCCGCCGCCGCCGCCGCCGCCGGGAGACCGCGCCCGCCCCGGCUGCAAGAUGCUCCGCCAAGGGGGGUUUGCGGAGCUGCUGCUGGUGCUGCUGGGGCUGAAGGUGCCCGGUGCCCUGGGCUGCCCCACCGACUGCGUGUGCUACCCCUCGCCCAUGACCGUCAGCUGCCAGGCUCACAACUUCGUCACCAUCCCCGAGGGCAUCCCCGAGGACAGCGAGAGGAUCUUCCUCCAGAACAACCAGAUCACCUUGCUGCUGCGGGGCCACUUCAGCCCUUCCAUGGUCACCCUCUGGAUCUACUCCAACAACAUCACCUUCAUCGACCCCAACACCUUCGACGGGUUCAUCAACCUGGAAGAGCUGGACCUGGGGGACAACCGCUACCUAAGGGCUUUGGCUGCAGACACUUUCCAAGGGCUGGUGAAACUCCACGCCUUGUAUCUGUACAAGUGCGGGCUGAGCUCUCUCCCCAGCGGGAUUUUCGGUGGCCUCCACAACCUGCAAUACCUUUACCUGCAAGACAACCACAUUGAGUUCCUUCAGGACGAUAUUUUUGUUGACUUGGUUAACCUCAGCCAUCUUUUUCUCCAUGGAAACAAGCUCUGGAGCCUCCAUCAGAACACGUUCAGGGGACUAAUAAACCUGGAUCGGCUGCUCAUCCAUCAAAAUCAGCUGCAGUGGAUUCAUAGGCGGGCUUUUCAUGACCUCCGAAGAUUGACCACCCUUUUCCUGUUCAAUAACAGCCUCUCGGAGCUGCAGGGGGACUGCCUGGCCCACCUGGGAGCCCUGGAGUUCCUCAGGCUGAAUGGGAACCCGUGGAGCUGCGACUGCAAAGCCCGUUCCCUCUGGGAAUGGCUGCACAGGUUCAGAGGCUCCAGCUCCAGCGUCAUCUGCGAGUCCCCCGAGCAGAUGCACGGCAAGGACCUCAAGGUGCUAAGAGCAGAAGACUUUAGGAACUGUUCAGGGUCCGAGUCGCUCCACCAGAUGAAAACACACACCUUCUCCACGGCGGACAGAGGAGCCUCCAAAUCCCACCACCCCCACCACUCCUCCAAGGAGAAGGGGAAGGAGCGAGGGGCUGAGAACAGUUUGCACAGCAGCCAGCCCGCCGGCCCGCCGGGCUCCCGGCCGGGCUACCGCAAACCCGGCAAGAACUGCACCAGCCACAAGAGCCGCAACCGAACCUCCAAACCGGUGUCCUUGGGGCCGCGCAAAAACGGGCAGGAGUUCCCGGACUAUGUGCCUGACUAUCAGCACAAAUACAGCUUCGGGGCCGUGCCCACGCUGUCGCCCAGGCGCAAGGGUAAGUGCACCCGGCGGACGCCCAUCCGCCCGCCCAGCGGGGUCCAGCAGGCGGCCGGCUGCCCGGGGCUCAGGGCGUCGCUCCUGCUUUUCCUGGUGGUGUUGGCGGCCGUCAUCCGCUGAGCCCCGCCGGCCCCGGCCGCGGACGGAGCGGAUCUUGUACUGCCACCAAUCUACAAAGGACCAGAGUUUCUUUUCUUCUUGUUUUUUUGUACGUGGCUCAGCGUUGGCCUGGCGAAGGGAAGAACGUUGUCUCGGCUUCCUGCGAGGGUUGUCUGCGCGCCCGGCCGGACUGUGCCGAGCGCAGCGGGAGCAGAUUAAAAGGCAUUAUCACACCUUGUCACAAACAGCCUAACCGAGCACCUACGACAAUAACAACAAAAAAAAGCCAACCUUACAAAAAGCAGAUAACAGGGGUGGUAACCAAUUCGUCGGUGACAGCACCCAGACAAAUGGACUGUAUCCAUGCUCUUGUGAAAUCCCGUGCGUUUGAGAGCGCUCCAAACGACCCCUCCAAUUACCGAAAGGAACAUAAUUGCUGUAAAAACCAUCACCGAUUAAGCCUACACUGUUUCUCUCUGAAAGUGAGUGCAAGGACACUGAUGCCGAUGUAAUAAGGACAUUUGGUUCUCCCACGUUUUAGCCCUUUUGGCUCCAAACCCAGAGGCCAAAGUUGGCUGGGAAUCUCUUAGAAGACAAUCUCAAAACCCCUGAAUAUCUCAGGCAUUACAGCAGAACAGGGCUUGCCUGCUGGGCUUGGAGUAGCCGACAACCAAAGGAAAGACUGAUUAGAGGUGGAAUUAAACAAAAAAAAAACAAAAACCAAACCCCAACAAACCCAACACAUAAAGAAAUGAGGUACCUGCAGGAGGUGUGUUUUUUGUAACCAUGUUCACACAUCUGAGAAAAACACCCCAACAAUUGCACAGGCUCCCCCUCUUCCCCUCAAUUAUCCAUAUGUAUGUCUUACAAUGUUUAUAAACUAUAUGGAAACUGUAUCUUCAGAACUAAGGAUUGUAUUAUUGAAUUUA